AAAAGGAAAAGGAGGAAUUAGGUUCACGAAAAGCCGAAGCUAAAGAGAGUGUGAAGAUGCUAAAGACAUAAACAUAAGAAAGAGCACAAAACAAAACAAAAAAAGGCAGUGCGAGUGGAGUGAAGUGAAGUGAGUGAGAGAAGCGCAAACAAGUAGAAGAGAGAAAAUCAUGGCAGUUUCUGUAACCAUUUUAGUUCUCAUCAUCGCUCUGCAUCUCAUAGCCUUCGUCUUUGCCAUUGGGGCCGAACGACGUCGUAGCGAGGCCAAAGUGGUCCCCGACGAGUACGACGACCGAACCUUCUGCGUUUACACCACCGACGCUUCCUCCGUCUACGGCCUCGCCGCCGUCGCCCUCCUGCUCCUCAGCCACACCGUCCUUAACGGCGUCACCCGAUGCCUUUGCUGCGGUAAAGGCCUCGUCUCCGGUUGCUCCGCCACUUGCGCCGUCUUCUCCUUCAUCCUCUCAUGGAUUAGUUUUUUGGCGGCAGAGGCGUGUCUGUUAGCAGGGUCUGCGAGGAAUGCAUACCACACAAAGUACAGAGGGUAUUUUGUGAAGCACGAUUUGUCUUGUGCUACCCUACGCAAGGGUGUGUUUGCUGCUGGAGCUGCCUUGACCUUGUUGUCUAUGUUGACUGCCAUUUUGUACUAUUGGGCACACUCCAAGGCUGACACUGGUUUCUGGGAGAAGCACCGCAAUGAAGGGCUUGGAUUGGCCACGCAACACCACCACCACCAAGGUCCUGACUCUGAUAAGGCCUGAAUGGUGAUUUCUUGGUUUGGGCUGAUUUACUCAAUUUUGGUGGUCCUCUUUUUGCUUCUGGAUAAAGGGGUGUUGGGGGAUAAGGGACUAGGGAGGAAUAGUGUUUUCAAAACCUUGUUCUUGUAUUAAUGGAUGAAUAUAUAGUAUUUAUGCUGUAAUAGGAGAAUGCUUGAAAUAUAUAGAUAGAUGGUCGUGGAUGAUAGUAGUAUGGUGGUGGUUUAACUAAUAUAUUCCAAUCUUCUAGUUUUAAAGUUUUGAAAAUUGCAUUAGUGAACUUUUGGCAUCCUCCUGA